UUAAAAAUGGGCGCAAUUUUACUGGACACCAAAGACACAAAUGAAGGCACUAUGCAACCUAAAUUUGGAGUUUUGGCCCUUUGAUAAGCAAGUGUGCACCUUCACACUUGGCGUCUGGGGCCAGUCGGACAAAGUGAGCCUUAAAAAUAUGGUGGAUGAGUCAGGAGUGACAGAUUUUUCGACAACUGGAAUAGAAAAAGCCCAAUGGGUCUUGGAAGAGCUGACUCUUCACGAGCAAGCAGAAAAUGAUUUGCAUCCAUAUUUUGAGGACAAAUAUUAUAGUGACGAGAGUGAACAAGACGAUGCAGAUGAUGAUGAUAUUGAAAUGAAAAACACAGCCUUGGAGUUUAAAGUCAAACUUCGACGGAGCAAUGGAAUUUACACUUGGACAGUUUUUGCACCUUUAUACGUGGUGCUCAUUUUUAUCGCUGCCUCAUUUUGGAUGGAAACAAACCAAUCAUACCGGCUGUUUUUUGGCCUGAUCUGCUUGACGACCAAUUUUAUAGUUUUGAUGAGCUUUUUCUCACAGUUUCCUGGAGAAGUGAGCAAAACUCCUCAUAUAAUUUCAAUGUAUUCCAACGCCUUGAUUCUAUCAACCUUUUCGAUUUUGACUACCAUCGUUGUCAUGCUAACUAGUGAAUGCAAGUCUGAAUCAGCACCACCACCAAUCAUCCUUACAUUCCUGUCAUAUUUGCCAGAUAUUGUGACAAAUAUGCACCGCGUUCAUCGUUACCCCGAAAUGGUCAGAAGAAGAGCCAUUUUUAGCGGCAAUGAUCACAGGCUUUUGGAAAAUGACUCUGCAGAGCAAAGUGGAUCAAAUGACUGUUCUGAGGAACCAAAGGAGGCCAAACAAAACGUUUGGGCCGACGUAGCCAACGCAAUAGAUCUGCUGGCGUUUUUCAGCAUGCUUAUCUUCACUAUUAUCGUGUUUAGUUUUUAAUUUGAUUAUAAAAUUUCCAUAAAUAAAAUAACAAAUAUCGAUAAAAUAUUCUCGACAAGCGAUCAUUGUCAUUUUAUAAAAAUGUAAAAAAAAUCAACAGCUUACAACUUUUGUCCACAGUCCAGGUUUCUUCAUGCAGUCGUCAUGCCGGAGAGCUUUCAGGCACUUAAACAGUGUGACUGUGAAGUCUUCUGGCAGGUUCUUAGACUGAAUCACACUGUGUAUCCAUUCAAUCAUCUACAAAAUUGAAUAAAUACUUCAACAUACAAGAAACAAUUUAAAGCCCCAAACAAACCUGCAAAGUCAAUCCAUUGAAAUUGGGGCUUUCUGCAAAGCUCAAUGCUGCUUGGGGUAGAAGAUCAAGUCGAACGUCUCUGUUCUUUGUAACAUUGCCAUGUACGAGAUGGCCUGAAAGUGUCAGGAUGGCCAAGCUCCAAACGUCACACAGAUAGAGGCUGCGCUCAUUUGUCUCACUUGAUAGAAGAGAGGCCUGAAUUUGUCCCAUCAGUUGCAAGAGCCAGUCUUUAGUCACUUCAACAGACUUUCUAU